AUGGGAAUCCCUCAGCUUCUCCAAAAUCUCGAGAGGAUCGAAAAGCCGAAGUCGAAAGUUUUCCCGAAAAACUCGAGUUCCGGAGAUGAUCCUUCCCGUCCCGCAGCCGUCAUAGACGGGUCUGCACUCGCCCACCACAUCUUCAAUCGAUAUGUUAAAUCGUUAAGUAAAGAGGAGAGAAUACCUAGCGUUCUUGGAUUCGAUUAUACAGCUUAUCAAAAGAUUGUGAUAAACUGGUUGGAAAAAUUGGAGACUACAAUCGCAUGUCUCUCACGUCUUCGAACGCUUUCACCGUCAGUUAUUGAUCUCACAAAGGGUGGUUGGAAUCCUUCACCUCCGUUUAUUAUUGCUGCUUUUUCGACGGCUGUUAGAAGACAUGAGAGGUUUGGAAGAGUUUUGAAGACUGUGGCGGGGGAGGCUGAUGCUUUUUGUGCCGCUGCUGCCGCUGCUACUGCUGUCGCCGGUGUUGGUACUGGUGGCGAGGGAAGGAUUAGUGUGGUGUUUACGGGGGAUUCGGAUUUGGUUGUAUACCCUCAUUCGCAGUAUAGUAGGGUUGCGAUAUUGGAUGAUGUUCAUUUCGAAUAUACACCUGAUGAAGGGUCGAAAGUGAAGGUAUUACUUUGGUCACCAUGGGAUAUUGAACGGAAACUUGGGGGUGGUAGUAGCAACGACAAUAGAGGAGAAGAACCAGCAAUGAGGAUAAUGAAGUUCGCGUGGUGUUUAGUGAUAAAAGAGGUUUUUAGAAUAUCUAAAGUUGUUACCAGCGGGAAAGGGGAUGGGUUGGGGGGUGUUAAAGUUGGAGGGGAGUUUAGGGAGCAGUAUUUGUUACCUGAUGUUCAAAGGUUUGGCGAUGAAAGUUUGGGGGGGAUAUUGGAUUCGAGAGCUGCAGAAGUGGUUUAUGCUUCUCCGAGGUUUAGGGGGCUGUGUCAUCCACCGGUUAGGGAGAGUGGUAAAGAGGCGGAGGUAUAUCUACCUGUACUACUGGAAGAUGUUACGAAAUCUUCAGUGUGGAGUGUGGGAAGAGAGACGAGAAAGCUUGCGUACCAAAUAUUAUUCGGAAUGAACGCGGUGGUAGUCGAGGUUCACAGGAAAGGAGAAGCUGUUAACAGAAGUUUCCUAACAUUGGAAAAAGAAGAUGAAGGCUUGAUCCUCGGAGGAGAAUUUGGAGAGGGACUAAAUGGAUUAGUUGUUGGGGUCAUUUUGGAGAUUGUGAGGGGGUAUUUGGAGAAGAAUAUUGAUAUCACGGAUAAAGAUUUAAUCGCUCUGUUAGCUGCGGUUACUAAGUCUCCCGGACACGAAGAGUCACUACCGACAGCGACAGCGGUACACUGGACUUGGCCGCGAGCUCAUCUGCUAUCACAGUUCAUGGCGGGAAUAUGGAGUCUUUAUCUUCUACAAACUGUUACGAAUCUACCGAACGACGGAGUUGAGAUACCGGAAACGAUCGAUAAGAGUACAUUCGAAAAGCUCAAAGUUUUUCAGUCAUUAUUGGAUAUUAUUAAUGUGAAUCGGUUCAUGGCUAUCUAUGCGAUUACAUACCAUCCAAAGGGGAUGAGUAAGAGUGCGAAAAAGAGGGCGAAGAAAAGGCCGAAGGUUUCGGAGGGGCAGCAGCAGGGUACAUCGGGGUUAAAUGCUGGGAUACAAGGUCUGAUUAACAGAAUGUUUGAGAGGGAGGUUAGGGGAAGUGUCACAGGGGUUUUGGAUAUUGUACGAGAGAUGAGGAGAAGGGUAGAUGAAGACGGAGAAGAAGAAGCGGAGAGUUAUAUGGGGAUGACGGUGGGCUAA